CCCUGGCGGCGGUCAGCACAGCCUGCGAGACACGGCUGAGGGAAGAGAGCCCGCGUCUCAGGCACAACAAACCCCGGAAAAGAGAAGCGGAAACUCGACCCAAUGUCGCAGAAAACAACCGAAGUUUCUGAAGUGCAAAGAUACCGCUACUUGACACAAGCGCAUCGCUAACCGGCCCCACGUUGUAGAAAUAUGACGCCUGCGAGCGAUCAAUCGCGUCAUCAAAGUGAGUCGUGGUAAUAAAGCGCUGUUGGUUAACGUUGGCUAACCAGUGGUUAACGUUAGCUAACUGGUGGUUAGCUCAGGGACGCCGCGGCGCUUCGCGACCCCGAUGACGGGGACGUUUUUAACGAGCGGUCCGUGAUGCGUUUUAAAGGCAUUUCCAGCUGGUGGCGGAUCAACGAGGACCGUUUCCUCCCCGUGGAGAAGUGUGGAUUCCUGCCCAGUCCUCUGUGUUCUCCUGCCUUCUUUGUGAGAUGACCUGACCGCGGCUGCACCGCUUCCAGCUUCAGAUGACAAUGGCCAGAAUAGCCUGGUAUCAAGAGAAGAUCGGGGCCUAUGAUCAGCAAGUCUGGGAGAAAUCUCUGGAGCAGGCGGAUUUAAAUGGUUUAGAGAGCCAACCCAGAAAGACUGGUCACAUCAAACCAGACCUCAUUGAUGUCGACUUAGUAAGAGGAUCAACUUUCGGCAAAGCCAAGCCCGACAGACCCUGGACCGCUCUGACUCGGAAGGGUCUGGUCCGAGUGCUGCUGUUCCCGUUCUUCUUCCAGUGGUGGAUCCAGGUGACCUCCAGGUCCAUCUCCUCGUGGAUCCUCGUACUGUAUUUCAUGCAAGUGGCAGCAGUGGGGCUGUACGUGGAGGUCCCCGGGGCGAGUGCCAGCGAGGUGUUUGGGCCCAUGUGUCUGAUGCUGCUCCUGGGUACCGUGCACUGCCAGAUUGUCUCCACUGAGUCCAGCCGGUGGCCCUCGGGCGGUCCAGCUGGCAGCUGCACCUCCAGCCCUGCUCGCAGACGGAGGCCAAGGAAGGGCAGAGCGCCGAAAAGACCGGAGGAAAAGAAGGAAAGUGCCGACGCAGGGCCGCUGGAGGAAAGCCUGCGGUUACACAGGACUGAAGAGCGGAGGACACGAAAGUCUGGAUUUGGGGCAUCUGAUGAGCUCUCCACUGAGGAAGAGGAGCCAGUUGAAGUAAAUCUUCCCAAAGCUCAUCAAGGGAGGCACCCCGCCUCGGCGUGGCCGACGCCCGCAACAACGUCCUCGGUUAGGAAGAGAAGUCAGAAGACCAUCUCCAAAACGCCGUUAAGAUCUCAGGAAGCGGCCUCCGCCAAGGUGAAGCCCAGAGAGGUGGAGCGCCUUCGGCCGAGAGUUAGCUCGCGUGCCGCCUCCGACACUGACGACGCACUGUGGGAGGAGCUUCUCCAAGGGCCCGACUCCGCCUCCUCGGGGAGCAGUGACACGGAGUCGAACGAGAGGUUCAACGCCGGCAUGGCGGUCCCGCAGACCACCACUCUGAGCAGUGAUGACGACGAGAGCCUGCAGCAGGGAAUCACCGGAAGCCAGCUGUGUUGGCUGCAGGCCUGCCACCCGUCCAAUGACCGAGUCAGCGCCAUAAUAUGGGAGCAGGGCGAGUGCAAGAAGGCAGACAUGUCUGUGUUGGAGAUGAGUGGGAUCAUCCUCACGCGGGUGAAGCUGGUGGAGCAGGGGGUGGGUUACCUUGUGCUCGGUGGGCUGAUGACCGCCACCCUGGCACUGCUGCCUUUUUUCUUCCACCUGGCGCAGCGCCUGAACGCGGCGAACCUGGCCUCGCUGUCCCUGGCGCAGCUGGGGGAGCUGGUGUGGGGGCGCCGCGACGCCCUCGUCUACGCCUUUUUCCUCGUCACCAUGGUGCUGAGGGUCUGCCUCAUAGGACUGUUCUUCUUCAUGAUGUGUGUGGCCGAGAGGACGUACAAGCAGAGACUCUUAUUUGCAAAGUACUUCAACCACAUCACUUCGGCGCGUAAGGCCAAGAAAUCCGAGAUCCCUCACUUCCGGCUGAAGAAGGUCCAGAACAUAAAGAUGUGGUUGUCGCUGCGCUCCUUCCUCAGGAGGCGAGGGCCGCAGCGCUCCGUCGACGUCAUCGUGUCCACCAUCUUCCUUUUGGCGCUCUCCAUUUCAUUCAUCAUCUGUGCCCAGCUGCUCCACAGCCACCAAACGUUCCUGGACUCUCUGACCAACUGGGAGCUGAUGGUGUGGGCGUCGUCCCUCGUCCUCUUCCUCUUGCGGCUGGCCACGCUGGGCUCCGAGACCGACUGCAAAUACAGCAACUCCUCAGUGCUGCUCACCGAGCAGAUCAAUUUGUAUCUCAAGAUGGAGAAAAAGCCAAAUAAGAAAGAAGAACUCAAUAUAGUGAACAACGUUUUGAAACUGGCCACAAAACUAAUGAAGGAGCUGGAUACUCCCUUCAGACUGCUGGGUCUGACUGUGAACCCUCUCAUCUACAACAUCACCCGAGUGGUCAUCCUCUCCGCCGUGUCCGCCGUGGUCAGCGACCUGCUCGGCUUCAACAUCAGACUGUGGAAGAUCAAACCUUAAUGUGAAAGCUGUCGGACUCUGGAGACCAGAAGCUCCCCACGUGUGCGCCACGCAGCAUCUCGUAUCUGGAAAAGAAAAAGUGCAAACCUACUGAGUGAGUCUGUGUGAGAUCAUUGCUUGUGCCUUCUAGCCAAACCUUCUGUAUCAUCAGUCAUUCCGGAGCCUGAGGCGCCCGCUGCCUGUUCCUCUGUACGUGAGUCUGAAGCCGGAGAUCAUUUCAUCUCCAAAUGUGCACAGAUGUGUGGACACAACAUGAAAUGCAGAAGUCGAUCUGAACCACUGGUGUUUCUCCUCGGUCUCACUGUAAAUUGAAAUGGGAUGGCGAUCUAAUUAACUGAAUUUUCAUAGGACUCAACAUUUUAUUCAACCUUUUGUACUAUUUAAAAGAGAACUUUUUGAUUGUAAGUGGCUUUUAUUUAUUGGGGGUUCUGUUGUAGCACUUGUGACGGUGUAAAUCUUCACCGUCUGACCACUAUCUAUUGAGACCCGUUGUUGAAAUAAAUGACUAUGCAAUGUUUGUAAAUGUAAAGAAAUGUUUGAUGGCUAUAAAUAAAUGAUUUUCAAUCCA